AUGUCGCAAGUCACUGCAGGUCUUAUAGGAGUAGCAGCCUAUCUAACAGACAUUCUUAUUUCUGCAAGUACUCGGUCAGAACAUAUCAAACGGCUUCGUGAAGUUUUUAAGAGAUUACAGUUGUCCGGGUUCCGCCUUCAAGAAAAAAAAUGUUCUUUUGUAUUUUCUUCAGUACACUACUUAGGGUUCAUUCUCGAUUGUGACGGUAUCAAGCCCGAUCCGGAUAAAAUUCAAGCUAUUAAAAACAUGCGGAGCUCUUGCCGGUCGACGGCCCCAUAUAUACAUUUUGAAAGAGGUCCCUUCUCUUGGCAAGCUGCGACUGGAGCGAGAUCACUGUCGUCGCAGUUCAAGCAGCCGAGGAGACAUGUCGACCGUGUCAACCUUGGCUAA